AUGGUCCGCAACAUCGUGGUUCUCGGCGGAAACUCGCACCCGGCCCUGGUCGACAGCGUCUGUAAUGCGCUCAGCUUGCCACCAUGCAACCGCAUCCUGACCAAGUUCUCUUCGGGAGAAAGCCGCUGCGAGAUCCAGGACUCGGUUCGAGGCAAGGAUGUGUACAUCAUUCAGACGGGCUUCGGGGGCAACGGCAGCAGGCUCAAUGAUCAUUUCAUGGAUCUGUGCAUCAUGAUCUCUGCCUGCAAGACAGGUUCGGCGCGUAGGGUCACGGCUGUCCUGCCCUUGUUUCCCUACUCGAGACAGCCAGAUCUCCCAUACAACAAGGCCGGUGCGCCUCUGUUCAAGGCUGGGUCGGAGAGCGGAAAGAAGGACUAUACCUUCGACAGUGUCCCCGCUACGCCAGCCCCCGGUAUUCCAAAGACUGCCGGUCUCACCAAUGGCACUGAUAUCACGAGCAAACUGCUCAAGACCUCCUUGACCAACGGGAACGGUGUCCAGUCCCCCAUCAAACAAAACGGCGAUGGCUAUUUCCCUGCGAAUGGAGUCAACGGCACCACCACCCCAAGCCCCGUCACACGGACUGGGGCCUACACGACGCACGAUUAUGAGAACCUCUCGCACAUCGGCGCAUUCCAAGCGAAGCCUGGCUAUAAGCAGUGGGUUGCGCAGGCUGGCACGUUGGUCGCGAACCUCUUGAACUGUGCUGGUGCUGAUCAUGUCAUCACCAUGGAUUUGCACGACCCUCAAGUGCAGGGAUUCUUUGACGUGCCUGUCGACAACUUGUACGGAAGGCCUCUCCUCAAGCGGUACAUCCAGCAGCACAUCCCCAACUACAAGGAUGCCGUGAUCAUUUCCCCCGACGCAGGCGGCGCGAAGCGCGCAACAGCGAUUGCUGACAGCAUGGGCGUUGAUUUCGCCCUCAUCCACAAGGAACGCCGCCCUACUAAGAUCACGGACCGGCAAAACGCAAGCAUGAUGUUGGUGGGUGAUGUGCGGGACCGCAUCUGCAUUCUCGUCGACGACCUUCUCGAUACGGGCAACACCAUUACACGCGCUGCCAAGCUCUGCAAAAAGGAGGGUGCGACCAAGAUCUACGCCCUUCUGACCCACGGCGUCUUCAGCGGUGACGCUAUCAACCGCGUACAGGCAUCGGCCAUCGACAAGGUGGUUGUGACCAACUCGGUGCCUCAGGACAAGCACAAGGCGCUUCUUGGACCCAAGCUGGAUGUUCUGGAUAUCUCGCCCAUCUUUGCCGAGGCGAUCCGGCGCGUCCACCAUGGUGAAUCCAUCAGCGUCCUGUUUAAUCACGACUAA